AUGUCUGCUGACGAUGACUUGGUGCCCGAGUCCGUGGAGGGCUACACUGUGGGUGAGAAAAAGACAAUUGCUGAAUACACCAAACUCGACGCCGAGGACGAGUCGCUUGCCAAGUGGAAGGCCUCUUUAGGUCUUUCUGAAGGUGAACCUUAUCCCGUGAAAGCAGGCGACAAAAGGACAGUUGUUAUUGUGGAAAUGUCGUUGACGUUCCCGGAGGACAAGUCGCUCGAGCCAAUCCGGAUUCCGUUGGAGGACGCCAGCGGAAACACCAUCGACAAGGACAUCAAGUUCUCUGUCAAGGAGAAGUCCGUGUACGAGUUGCACAUCAAGUUCCGUGUCCAGCACGAGAUCAUCACGGGCUUGAAGUACUUGCACUCGGUCAAGAAGGCUGGUAUCCGCGUGGAGAAGAUCGAGGAGCCGUUGGGCUCGUAUGCGCCUAACACCAAGGACAAGCCAUACUACGAGAAGUCCUUGGGUGCCACGGAGGCUCCCAGCGGUAUGUUGGCUAGAGGCAGCUACCUGGCGACCACCAAGUUUGUGGACGAUGACAAGACCGUGCACUUGACGUUUCCGUGGUCGUUCCAGAUCACCAAGUAG